CAUGGUAACAACAGACCAUAACCACAGACAGACAGACAACAUUGCCACGAAGAAAAAGAAGACGAAAGAAGAGAGUGUGGAGCAAGUGAUGUCACAGGAAGGAGAGAAGAAGAAGAAGAAGAGAGGGGAGAAAGUGAUGUCACAGGAAGGAGAGACUGUAGGAGAGGAGGAGAGAGGGAAGGAGAGGAGAGGAGCAAAAGAGAAGAUGGGAGAGACGAAGAAGAGGACGACAGGAGGAGGAAGAGAAGGAGUGAAGAAGAAAAGAAGAGGAGCUGAAGGAGAGGAGCAAGUGGACUGGGCAUCGUUAAAGGAGCUUCAGGAGUUUGUUCCAGGCGUGGAGAAGAAAUCAGCUGAUGAGAUCAAAAAACUGCUGAGAUACGACCUGCAGCGCUUCAAGUACUUGAAACAACAAGGUGUUUCUUUGCGUCGGGGGCGGUGCUCUCAGGAAGAGAAUCAGCGAAUCAGAGAGAACGUGGCAGACUUCCUGGCUCUGACAGGCAUCAGCUCGGCCAAUCAGCUUCUGUUUCCUCAGAGGUACAAAGACCAGGAGGUAGAGAUUAAGAAGCUGAGAGCACGACAUCACUUCCUGGAGAGAAUCGCCGAGGGGAUUCCUCGCACGUGCCAUCAAGUUCACACAAGAGCCAAAAAGAUUUUUGACGACAGGAACCACAUGGGAAGGUACUCAGAGGAGGAGGUGCGUUCUCUGAUGAAGUUACAGAAUCUCCACGGCAACGACUGGAGGAAGAUCUCUGAGAAGAUGGAUCGUAGCGUGUACUCUUUACAGAAACGCUUCGUCAGCCUCGCUGCAGGUCGCGGUUCGUGGAGUCCAGACGAGGAGUCCAGGUUGAAGCAGGCUCUGAAGGCCCACCUGGAGGUUCUGGUACAGCAAAGCUCUACUGGUCCUGGUCUGAGCAGAGACCAGCUGUGUAACAACCUGCCCUGGAAGGAGAUCAGUCAGCAGGUUGGGACCAGGUCCUGGAGCCAGUGUCGACUCAAGUGGUUCUCCCUCUUGAAGUCCAAACUGUCUUCAGGUGUCAGCACCUUCAACAGAGGACCUGAAGGACUUCAGGCUAAAAUCCACCUCAUCAACACGCUGUACAACAUGCAGGUGAACGACAUGGCUGACAUCGACUGGGACGAGGUCGCUCACACCAUCGGUAACGUGACUCCGUUGUGUGUACAGAAAAGUUUCCACAGACUGAAAGUUUCCAGAGUUCCCAAUUGGACCAGUUUAUCCUACGGAGAGAUCGUGGACUUCCUGCAGCUGAGGGUGGUUCCCGUCCUGAAGGAGAAGCUGAGGAGGCUCAGCAGGGAGGAGGAGCAGGAGGAGGCGCACAGCGACACCAGCUACCUGCUGUCUGACAUCAUCGGCUCGCAAGAUGGAGAGGACGACUUCAUAGAGGUGGACAACAGUCAGCUGACCUCUGGCCAAUCAGGACGAAGACGCCUGUAGAGAACAGCAGGCCCCGCCCCUUCUCCGAUGUGAUUGGCUGGCUUCCUUUCAGAGUGUGGAUGUGCACCGCUAUCACGCCUGUGAUAUGAGGUAGCAGAGUCUAACAGUUAAGAGAGCCGACAGAUCUGCUGUGGUGAAAGUGGCGUUGAUGUCACCAUGAUCACAUGACCCACACAGACACGUCGGACAGCGAGGUGAUGUCAUUUGGACUGAUGUUAAAUCAGAUUGGGACGUUUCUGUUCGCACGAGUGAAACUUUGUCUGCUGGUGACACCACGCCUUUUUGUAAUCAGCUGACGGUCACCUGUUCGCCGCCGCCAGCUGCCACACUUCCUGUAAACUGCUCCCGACCCUCAAUGCUCCAAGACAUAAACGGAACUCUGACAUGGAGCCGUUGAACGAACUCAACAAACUUUUAUUUUGAAAGUCUUGAUGAAUUUGUGCUGAUUUGGUUUUCUAAUUAAAUAUUUACUUCCUG